UAACAUUUGUACAAUUUUCCGGGAUUUCGAAAUAUUUUGCUAGUAAGUACAGGACCAUUCCAGGAACGAUUGUCAUCAAAACGGGUCCAUCCUUAGUACUUGCGUUUCACAUAUUAAUUUUCCCGGAAAAUCAUGGGAAAGUGUUCCUGAUUUCUCCGGGAAAUUGUUCCCACAAAAUUCCAUUAUUACUUCCCCAGUUUUCUACGAUAGAAAAACUCGAGAAAAGUUAUCGAUUUCUCCGAUUUUUUUUUUCCGAUCAGAAUGGGGCAACAACAGUCCAAGGACGAGCUUCUCUAUCAGCAAGUCGGCUAUGGCAACACCGAAGGAAUCAAAGCCCUCUCUAGAGAAGGCGCAGGGCUCGAGUGGAUCGAUAAAGAUGGGAAAACCCCCCUUAUAGUGGCCUCCAUGAAUCCGGAGCUUUACAAUGUGGCGAAAACUUUGAUUGAACUCGGCGCCAAUGUCAAUGCGUACCGUCCUGGUCGUCAUGCUGGGACUGCUUUACACCAUGCAGCCAAAAGAGGCCUUCAGAAUACUGUAAAGUUACUUCUUUUACAUGGAGCCAAUGCAUUAAUAAUGAAUGAUGACUGCCAAACUCCUCUUGAUGUUGCUAGGGAAAAAGGGCACACUAAUGUUGUCCGUACAAUCGAGCUUCAUAUUUGCUUAUUCUCGGGUUGGAUGCGGGAGUUUCAUGGUCCUGGAUUUCUUGAAGCAUGGGCUCCUCAAUUACUUUCACGAAAAGUUUGGGUUGUCAUUUUACCAUCUGGUUCCCGCCAUCCUACCAGGCCUUUCAAGUUGCAGCUCGCCAUAUACUCUGGUGCACAGGACGCACAACCACGGACAGUUAUUGCACUGUGGAAAUCCAAUUUGGAAGAACCAAAAUCAAACCAAUCUGAUCCUUCAGUGACAAUCUUCGAGAACUUUUCAAUCUCAAGAGGCAGGAGACGGAGAAGAAGGUGUAGGCGUCGAAUGCUUAGUCAAACACGCAUUAAACUUGCCCCUGAAAAGGAAAAUGACCGGCAACAACUUGAGCAGUUUUGCAAUGCAUGCAAAGGAAUUCCACAGGCACGUCCUGCAUUUUUGCAUGAUAGUCAGAACCCAGUCCCGUCUGCUACUGCACCACCAGAUGCUGAAGAUUAUGAAUUAGCUUUGGCAAUUAGUGCCUCAAUUCAAUCUGCUUUGGAGGAAAAUCCACCCCUUCUUGGUGCAAACCUAAGCUCUGAAGCAAGUGCGUCCAAUUCUCAUGAUAGUGAUCUGGGUGCACCAGAAGCACCUGGUCCUCCGGCAAGUGUUGAAUGGACAGGGCAUGGACCUUCGCCAAGUGGCAAGUUAACUGAGAAUAAUGACAUCCAGCUCGAUUCAGUGGCCCCAAUGAUUCAGCCCCCAGACUUGAUUGCAUCGGCUCCACCAAUUGUGGAUGGUACCUCAGAAGAUGGUCCAAUUCACUAUCCAUCAAUUGAUUUGGACCCUAUUGAUAUUUCUUCCCCAUCUGUUGAGAGUUCACCUGCUAAACUUGGUGAUACGAAAGAAGAUAAAAAUUCUUCAUGCUGUGUUAUUUGUUUGGAUGCUCCGAUUGAGGGAGCUUGCAUCCCCUGUGGCCACAUGGCGGGAUGCAUGUCUUGCUUGAACGAGAUAAAAGCUAAGAAAUGGGGAUGUCCUGUCUGUCGAGCCCAGAUCAACCAGGUUGUAAGGCUGUAUGCUGUGUGAUGGCUAAAUCAAAAUACGAGGAACUCUAAAUGUAUGCAGGUGAUGAAACUGGUUGGCUGGGCUUGGGGAGAGUGGCUCCUACGACUUAUGAUGUCUGUUUACAAGGAUGUUUUCUUUGUUUAUUCAGUACUGGUGUGGGUAAGGGUAUAAUUUGUUUUGUACAAAAAAAGAGAGAGACUGCAUACUAUACUAAAUUAAGAAAAUUCUGUGUUAGUUUUUGCAACUCUCUACUCUUGUAUGAUUUGAUAGUUGGUACUGAAAAACAAGUUACUGUUUAAUGCAUAUGUUGUUCUCUGUAUAGAUAAGCGAGUUACUGUGUUGAAACAAAAAUUCAUAGCAGAUCCUUGUGAAUAGGCUUUGUUUGAAACCCAAAAGACAAGAAGAUAUAUAUCUGUGUGUGUGUGUGUAUGUGUGUGUGUAUAUAUGUUUGUGGAACUAUUUGUUGAUGUGUAUGUAACAGUGCUUAUUUAUUUCCUUUCAACAGAAAUGACACGACAGUGACA